AUGCCAGCCGUGCGGUCCUUCCACCAAGACGCUGCGGGUGCUGCUAGAGUCUCAGACAGUACUGCAGAACCUGCAGAGCGCACAGCAGACGAGGCCGAGCUGCUGUUGCUGCGAGGCGAGUGCAGCGAGGCACAGCCCAGAGCAGUUCCUGCUUUGCGCUGGUGUUCUGCGGCAGCGGUGCUAGUGGUGGUGGCUGUCGUGUGCUUCGCCGUCGGCCCCGCAUCAAGGCAUGGACUUCGUCAAGAGAGGGCCCGCAUGACGCAGGCCUAUGAGCAGGUGCAGAACGCCUCGCAGGCGCUGAGCCUCAUGGGCCUCGGUGGAGUGAGCCUGGGCGGAUGGCUUUGCUUGGAGGACUGGUUCUUUUCCAUGGGCAAAGGCAGGCUUGUCUCCAGCGCUCACGAGCAGGGCCAAGGGUAUGCGUUGCCUCCACGAAUACCUUCGAUGAGCAGUCCGUGGACAUCUGAAGGAUUGCUCACGCGACAGCUCAUCAACGAGCACGGGCAGGCUUAUGCAAUCCAAGCUAUAUCCGAAUACCGGACGCACUUCAUUACACCCGAGGACCUGCAAGAGAUCGUGAACGCGGGCCUGCGAACAGUCCGGCUGCCAAUCACCUGGGCAGCCUUUGCAGAUGCCCUCGGCCCACUAGACCAGGCUGUCUAUGCUUCCCACAACGCCGACCUGGACAUCAUUACGGUGCCGGAUCCCUUCUACAAGGACAAUGCUUCCCUUGUCACGAUUCCGAGAAAGUUGCUGACGGACUUCCUCCACGAGGCGAGAGCCCACGGACUGAGCGUGAUUCUGGACGUCCAUGCGUACCCUGGUGGUGCUUCUCAUGGUACCUACAAUGGAGUCUGGCCGUUGAAAUGUACCUUCUGGACGGAGAAGUCGCGGAUUGGAAGCACGAGUCUGACGCAGAUCGGGCUCUGGAUCGUCGAGAAAAUGGUGCACUGGAUCGAGAAUCUGGACCUGGAGGCGCAAGGCGCGAUUGCCGGGGUCACCCUCAUGAACGAGCCCGGCCACAUGAACCGCUGGAAGCAAUUUGCACCUGACCAGGCCAUCCUGUCCUGGCUGGGCGAAGCAUCAGCGAGAUUUCUGAGCUCACGCCUUCCUGUGGGACUAAAGCUCUAUGUGAGCUUGGUCGAGACAGCUUUCCAGGACUUCGGUGGCUUAGCAGUGCCCUGGUACCAGCAGGCUUUCACAUUGGAGGAGAGAAGAACUCGGGUCGUGGCAGAUGUGCACUACUACAUGGCUUGGAACCAUGGCAACUGCGAUGGGCGCAGUGAUGGACUUGGAGCCUACAGCUGUGGUGCCGCCCCUGCCAAAUAUGCAGGUGUGUUGAAUAGCUGUGCAGCUGGAUUCGCACGCAGCUCGUAUUUCCGCUGGGGUUCGCAAGGUGGUCUUGUAUCAGUGAGCGAGUUCUCGCUCGGCACAGCUGAUGCCAUAGAUGUGGCUUGCAAGGAGCCCACAUUGCUGUGGACUAUGUUGGGAGAGCAGCUGGCGGCGUUCAGGAAAUAUUAUUUCGAGAGUGUCAUCUGGACUUGGAAGAUGCCGUAUGCGCCUGACUUCGAGCCUGGCUGGUCACUGCAGUGGUUGCUUCACCAAAGCCAGCGCCUGGAUCGCACCUAA